AUGGAGGAGGAACGUUGCCCCGAUGUCAAUGGGGGGAAAACGACGGCUUUGCCUCCGGUUUUGGAGCGAAACCAGCUUCCUGGCGAGUUGCCAGCGGCCGCAGCUGGGAGCUACGCAGUAAGCAGCCGCCGACAAACUCAGUCCAAACUGGCAGGUCUUCGCUCCUUCCCGUGCACCAGAUGCAAUGGGAGCCGUGUUCCGUGGCAAACGCUGCGCCACCUAGUGGCCUUCACACAGCAGGAGCUGAGUUCCGCUGAGGAGAGCCUCCGCCACAAUUGCAGGAACCACCCCAACGAGCUGAGAAAGUGCCCGCAGUGUGCCCAGCUGGUACAGAGAAGCAGUAGCGAGGUCCUGUGUGUUGAGUGCCCUCGGUGCCCGGGAUGGAGUGAGAAGGAUUUCCGGUUCUGUUGGAAUUGUGGUCGGGAGUGGGAGGGCUCGCUCACGCCGGGGGUGACCUGCCCCCACUCCGACUGCUCCUCACUGGUGGUCCUGAGCUCGUGCAAGUCCAUCGAGCGUCUGAACAGCAAGGUUCAUGGGUGCCCGAGCGUGCGGCCGUGCCCGAGGUGUAAGCUGCUCAUGGCCCACCAGGGCGGCUGCAACUACAUGAUUUGCCCCAGCUGCAAGCAUCACUUCUGUUAUCGGUGCCUCCAGCCCAUUGGAUCCUUCCAUUACACCUGCCCCAUUCUGCCGAACCCCAGUGUCCGAUAACUCUCCGAACGCUGCAGAGGCAACUACACGGUGUCCGUGAGACCAUAGGACGUAGAGGCUUAAUCAGGUCAAUCUUCUCCUUCAUUAAUCAUGGCUGAUUUAUUUGUCUGCAGUCUCACUCUCCUGCCUUCUGCCCGUAACAUCUGAUGCCCUGACUAAUCAAGAACUUAUCAACCUGCUCUUUAGGUACACCCAAUGAAUUGACCUGCACAGCCGUCUGUGGCAAUGUGUUCCACAGAUUCACCACCCUCUGGCCAAAGAAAUUCCUCCCCAUCUGUUCUAAAGGGACAUUUUUCUAUCCUGAGGCUGUGCCCUCUGGUCCUAGAUUCCCCCAUUAUAGGAAACAUCCUCUGCACAUCCACUCUAUCUUGGACUUCCAGUAUUCAAUGAAGUACCCCGCAUUCGUCUAAACUCCAGUGAGUACAGGCCCAAAGCCAUCAAAUACUCCUCAUACGUUAACCCUUCCAUUCCUGGCGUCAUUCUUGUUAACCUCCUCAGGGCUGUCUCCAAUUCCUGCACCUCCUUUCUUAGAUUACAGGCCCAAAACCUCAUUUUAAACACUCGCGCCUGUCGGUCCAAGUUCGGGUUCUCGUUCAAUGAUGUGCCCCUUCGUGUUUGCUCCUCUGCUGGGGUUUCACCCCUCGUUUUGUCAGUUGUUGCCGCUUGUAGACGCGGGAACCAGGCUGAAGAGAACGACAACAGCUGGCCAUGCACCUUUAAGCGAUGUUGGUCGGCUGACACCUCCCUUUUAAUGUGAUCAUCUGCCGCUGUCAACUCGGGAGUGGCAGCAGCAGUUAUUGGGGGCGGUGGGGUGGGGAGGGAAUCAGACCCUGGCCUGUGAACCGGCCAAAACUCUGCUGCAGUCCUCAGUUCUGUGAAAUCUCACUCCACAGGAGACUGCUUGGCCCAUCAAGCCUAUGCUGUGUCUGUAAACAAACUUUCCAGUCAGUCUCUCCCUCCUAACAUCCCGACCCCCUCCAUUCUCCAUUUCCAGUGUCCCCCCCUGCCCAGUUUGCUCUGGAAAACUCUGUUUAAUCCGCUCCCCCUCCCUUCCAGGCAUCCCCUACCACAAACAACAACUCACCUGCUCUUCCCUCUGGUUCUUCUACCGACGCCCUUCCCUCCAUCUCCUUUGGGCACCCACCCUCCUGCCCCGGGAACAGACCCCUCAGUGCUGGUUCCCGCUACCCUGGGGAGAUGUCUGUGGGGUGCUGCCUAAAGGCCAAUGGUGAAUCUGUACAACACAAGAAAAGGGAAAUAAAGAUGGUAUUUGAAUAAAACCAAUCUC